AUGCAAUCGGAGAUUGAACAUCUAAGAUCCUUAGUCCAAGCACUAACCGAACAGCAACCCCUCACUACCACCUUAGAAGCUUCGCAACAAGAACAGAAUGCUCUACAGGGUUCCGAUAGUGUUCGAACAGGCGGCUCUGUAUCUGUGAACUGGACUUCGGAAGCGACGCGUGAAGUCAGCCAGUGGGGCCAGCGAAAAGUGUUUCCCAGUGCAAUAGGGUCAACUAGUAUCUUUCGUCUAGAAACCGGCUUUGAUCUACCCACACGUUCGAAUUCGACCGGCCUGAGCCCUUCUGUGCCCGUAUGGCCAUCGUUUGUCUACGAGAUUGCUUAUAGAAAAGCGAAAUAUCGAUGCUUUAUUACCGAAAUCAAUGCUUAUGAGCAUCUCCUGGAGGAGGAAUGUCUUCUGGCAUUGGACCUGUCUCUCAGCCAGCGGCUAGAUUCGGUGCUGCUUGUCCUAGCAGUGAUCUCAGCUGCAACCGUAGUUGGAGGGGAGCUAGAAGCAGGCGACGUCGUGUCUCAAGUUUGCGGAGCUAUGGAUUCUGAGAGCGUCCGGAAUUCCUGGAUCAUCGCUGAACCUGCUCCAAGUGCUGACUAUUUUUGCCUGGCGUGA